GAUGAUCUUGAACUCUACACUCCCACUGAUGCACAGGCUCGAGUUGAAGUACGCGAACUAGACUCUCUCUUUCACAUCAAUGACUCAGAUCCCUUUUACGCAACUCGAAGGUAUGAUAUUAAACGAGCUGGUUACAUUAUCAUUACUCAUCGUGACGAAGACGAAGAUGUGCUGAAUCCCUUAGUCAUGCAAGCAGCCAUGCAGCUGUGGAGUGUCAUCCAGUCGCUGACAGUUGAAGACCAGAACGAUCGUCGUAUUAACUACCCAGGAAUUUGUGUGAAGUUUCCUAUUCCACCCGAGUUUGUUCGCACGUUGCACACGUUCUUCAGCCCGAACAUGACCACGUGA